AAUGUUACGCUGCUCAACAGGACAGCGCCUAUCCUGAUGCCGGCGCAUUCAGUUUCCGCCUCAUGCAUACAUCUGUCCUAAUAUUCGGUACACCUUUCAUGACAUGGCACCAAUACACACACGCACACGAUGGCUCGGCGGCUGAUUGUGUGUUUACUCAUCGUUCUUUCCUCAAUUUGUGCGGUGCCCUUCCUUUUUAUCGCGUCUCUGACUCUUUGCUUUUUUCGGGCGCCAAACAAAGUUUGCUCUUUUCCAAGUACAACAUCGUUGCGUGGGUGGCCGACCUGUCUUUCAGUUUACACAAUGGCGCAUGUGAGUUUACUAGUUGAUUUACCCCCACAAGGUUGUUUGAAACGGGGCUCUGGACUGGUUAGGUGGGUGGCCUUUUUGUCGAAUUCGUUUGUUAGUUCUUGCAUAGCUAGUAUAUCACUUAUUUGAUCGCUUGUUGUUUUCAAUGCCUUGUUGUCGUCUUGUCUGCUGCUGCUACUGUCCAAGUGCUCACAUGUUUCUGCUCUUUACCUUGAACGCUUUGCACACUGUAUGGCUU